CCUAACACGGAAAGAAGAUUAAUUUUUCUACUGAAUUCCAGUUUGUACAGCUUCCAGAAGUUGGUACGUUAAACAAAUAGAAGAAAGAGAAUAAUUCCUUUGUUUGUGUUUUUAUUUAUUGGCAGUAUUUCUGGAAUAACACUCAGCCCAAUCAAUUGCCAAAAUCCUACUCUCCCAUCAGUAGGUUCGUUCAUACUUUGAUCGUUUGGUUCACUUUACGAAUUCAAUUACGGUUUAAUUGAUUAUCAUUAAUAUGAAUUCUACUGCUACAAAUCAUAAUCAGGUUUCUCAUCGUCCUAAGAAAUGCCCCAGUUGUGUUCACUGGUUCCCUUUGCACAAGAAGAAAAAGCAGGAUUAUAUUGAGAAGUUUUCAGAUCAUGACAUAAUUAUAUAUGUUCUAGGUGGUCCUGGAUGUGGCAAGGGAACUCAAUGCUCAAAAAUUGUUGAACAUUUUGGCUUUACCCAUCUCAGCGCCGGAGAACUUCUAGAAACAGAAGUCAAUAGUGGAUCUAGAACUGGUAAAAUGAUCAAGGAAUUCAAAAAGGAAGGAAAACUAGUACCAUCUGAGGUUGUGAUUGAGCUUCUAAAACAGGCAAUGCAGAGAAGUCAAAACCGAAAAUUUCUUAUCGAUGGCUUCCCACGCAACGAAGAAAAUCGUUUAGCUGCUGAAAAAAUGUUGGGAAUUCAACCGACUAUAGUAUUAGUGUUCGAUUGUUCAGAAGAUGAGAUGAUCAGGCGUGUUCUGCACAGGAGUGAGGGACGUGCUGAUGAUAACAUUGACACGGUAAGGAAGCGGCUUAAAGUCUACAAAGAAUCAACAUUGCCUGUGAUUGAUUAUUACACUAAGAAGGGGAAAGUCCGAAAGGUUAAUGCUGAGAGAUCCCCGGAUGAGGUGUUUAAGUCAGUUGACGCUAUCUUUUCUGAGCUUGGAUUGGUGAAAAUCCCGGUUGGAAGUUCAUAUGUGCAAACAGGGUAAUUUUGUCAUUACAAAUUGUUGCAUGAGACAGUCUCAUUUGAGAGACGCGCCUCGUACAUGGAUUAAAUAGCCCAUCCCAAUUCCCAUACAUGUUAUGAGAAUAUAGAGUCUUUGUUUGAAGUCGUCUCGCCGAGAACGGCCUCUCACAAGAGUAGGUCUUUUGUCAUUAGUGUGGAUUUGAGCUACUUAAUAUACUUCCCGGUAAUAAGGUUGAGUUUAGUAGCUGACAAUAUGUACUCUCUGAUAGCAUCCUGAUUUAAGAAUCAGUUUCUGCAAGAAUAAUUGAAUUUAUAUACUGCAUAUGGGUACCUGCUCAUCUCAUACUAAAGGACUCGAAUUACCGAGGUCUAGUCUUUUUGUUUUCUUUCUAUUUUGAGACAUUCAAACACUUCUAUUCAUACCAUGUAUAGUACAUUCCUACUUGUUUCCCGAUUGCAUCAUAAGUUAUGUUGACCGAUACUAGUACAUUCGCUGAAGAUAGUAUGUCACAAAAAUAGUGAUAACUGGAUACUCUACAAGGUAUUUAAUCGAGUAUAUAACAUAUCAUAGGGCUUCAACCACCAGAAUAAGAUGUUGGUUGAGUUGGUUAAAUACUCGAUCAGUAUCGAGUUUUAGGCUUUCAUUCAAAUGCAUGGCUAUAGUCGUGCAAAUGAAAAUUUUUGUGAAUGAAACGAGACAACCACUUCGAGGCAGCAAAGCAAAGGAUGGCCAUGAAGAAGACUGCAGUCCGUUGAACUGUGGUCAUUGUUCCCUGUUUGAUCAGUCCAACCACCCCGACUAAGCCAAAAGCCAUCACCUGAAGCACCGUGACACCUAUAUUGAGUCCCUUAUAUGCAGCGUUGCAGCUGGAACAGUUGACGACAUGAGUCCAGUACCUGAAACAUUACAUUCACUUGUUUAGCGUACACUAAACAUACAAUAUUCGAUGAUGGAAAAGGCUAGCAUUUGUGUGUUGAGCACAAAUAUGAACAAACCUGUCCAGCAGUUCUUCGCGUUUAGGAGUUGGGGGAAGGGCGUCUUCAGUGAACGUGGAACCCCAGUCGACUUUACCGUCUGAAUAGUCAUUAAACCACCUUCUGAAAGCGACAACAAGAGCAUCUGAUUUCGCUGGAAGAUAACAAAAUUUUUGCCAGUUGAUUGGGCCAAGCUCCUUUAUUUUUCGCUCCUAGAUGAGAAAAGCUAAUUUCAAAGAACCAACAGAAAAUCUUUAUAGAACGGUAAAGAAAGUGCAUCAAUUCAUACCUCCAAGUGAAGAAGAUAGAGAUCAGAAUCAAGAACCAAGUUUUCCUGCAGAUGGAAGAACCAUCUUGGGAUGAUUCGGUCCUUCCACGCAUCAAAGUUUCUCGGGAAUGACCAUAUCAGUCGACUUUUGCCAGGGCUGAUAGGAACGCAAAGAAAUAUAAGUAUAUAUCUCUGUGAAGUUGGCCAUGGCUUCGAGGAGUCCUGAAAAACCAACAUUUUCAUGUGUUUUAAUGUCCAACAAUAAGCAAGGCCGACAUGUGAAUCUUUCGACAGUACAAAUGCUACCUCAUUUGGCACUACUACGGAUGAUAAUGGUCCUUUGCCGCUGAAAGGAGAGGGAUUCGGAUAAACAUAGUAAACGUAAGGCGCAUAGAACGUGCUGGUACCCCCCCAGUCUAGCCUUGUAAAGAAACCAUUGAUAUCCAAAUGUUUUACACCCAUGUUAAGAGGUUUCCCACCUUCUCUAUCGACAUUGUUCACCAAAAUUUACAUAACAAACCGAUUUUAGUAAGAAUAUACAAGAACAUUACUCUAAGGUAAAAGGCAGAUUUCUGAUACUUAUCUGUUCUCAGGAGGCUUUGCUUUUAGUAUACUGUAGUGAGCGUAAGGAAGAUGAGCCGGGUCCAUAAGGUUUUCGAUGAGAAACUCGUACCUGCAAGGAAGAAAAUCGAUUGGAGUUUGCGCAAAGCUAUAUGUUACAUACUCUAUUAAUUAUAAGUUAUCAUCAUCAUCGUUGUUCGUACCCGGUGUAUCCUGUCUAUAGAAAAUUAUGAUCAGAUCUGGAAAGGGAAGAAAGGCGGCAAACCAUACCCAUAAAGGAGGAUGCAGCCAAAGAUCAAUUAUAAGUUAUAUAGCAAUCAAAUUGGAACGGAGGGAGUAAGUUGGUAAACAAGGUUCCAUACCCGUAAUUGAUAUCUCUAUUCGAGAUUAAAUGGGAAUACAAGGGAUCAUCAAGCUCCGGGAAGAAGGGGGGUUUUUUCUUCUGUAGAAUGUCCUUGAAUUCGGGAUCAGGGUUUGGCCAAAACCAAACAAUACCAUUCUGCACCGUGCUUGGAUAUACAGUUACGCAGGCUUUCUUAGACGUAUGCACCUGCAUAUAUCACUUCAAUGAAGAAAUCGUAGCAACAAAGAUUGACGUAUUAAGAAUGAAACUAGUAUAAGUUACCGGGGGGCCAUCUAGAGGAGCUUGUGGGAUAAGUUUACAUUGACCGGAGCCAUUGAAACACCAUCCAUGAUACACACAUUGAAGCCUUCCCCAUUGAUCAAUUCGACCCUCAGAAAGAGGAGCUAAACGAUGAGGACAUUGAUCGUUAAAAACUUUCCAUUGAGAUUCAGUCCUAUCCCACCAAACGACAACAUCAAGACCCAAAACCCGUUUAGCAUGAGGCUUCCUGUUAUCCAAAUCACACACUGGCAUCACCGGACACCAUUGAUCGUACCAGCUAAACUUCUCGCCUGAUGCAGCUUCAUUUUCGAGCUCUAACUCAUGUCGACUGAAUGAACCUGUGUUCUCGUCAGUGGAUACAGUAGAAAAAGCAGAAGCAGUUUCCGCGAUCACAUUCAUGUUCAAGUUAAUAGCACCCGAUAUCAUAGAAAUCUGACAGGUACUUCUACUACUUGAAAAUGUAAGUUUUUCAUAGAUUGGUGUACUGAAAUUUGGUAUUCUAGCUGAGAACACUGUAAUGCUAGCCAUGAUUAAUCUUCAAGAAUAGCUUAUGGACUUUUAAUUUCUCAAGCGCAACUUAUUGUAACAUUAUUUAUUCAUGGGUUAGUGGCUGAAAAUUUACACCACAGAAUAUCUUAAGA